CCUGGCCCGGACGCCCAGCGCAGUCCGCGGGGUUUGGGUUCCUGGACCCCAGGUACCCCACCCGGCGCGCGGCCACGGAGCCCCCAAGUACUUGUCCUCGGUUCCCCCGAGCCCGAGCCGUGCAGCCCGCUCCUCGCGCACGGGCUGGGCGUCCAAACGUAGGUUGCACCGCGCGUAAUCGAGAGAUUCAGAAAGAUGCUGUGGCCCAUUUUAAAACAAAGCCCAUUUAUUGCGUUCGGCGGCUGUUUGUGCCGGUCCAGUGUCAGAUCCCCUGAGCGCGGCGGACAACCAGGACCCAAAGGAAACGUAGUCGCAGCGAAAAGAAACCGGCUCUGGAGCCAUCUGAUCCGUUUUCAGCACAAUGCACAUCCCUCCCCCACCUCCACUCCCCCCAGCCCCGAGAUGGUUCCCCUCCUGGCUGCGUAAGCUUUGGCGUCGGGCAAUGCUCCGGGUCUCGGUCUUCUCUUCUGUGAAAUGGGGAAAACUGUGCGUGCUUGGUGAUUCUGCACGUGGAGCGCGCUGGGUCGCAGAGACGUCAGUGUUGCGGUCCCACACCUCCAGUACCCCACCUUCCCGCGGCCCCCACCCCGGGGCUCCCGGGCUCCAAGCGCGGCUCUGGCUCCUAAGUGCGUCACGGGCACCGGCCGCACUCCACAGGCGGCCAGGGCGAGGCUGGCACGGGGCCAGCGCGGGCCAGGCCAGGGGCGCUGAGCCGUCUCCGGGGCGGGGACCCGGGCGUGGAAGGCGCUAAAGUUGCGCGGCCCUCGGCGCGCUGUUGGGGGCGCCCUCCGCGGCGGGCAGCGCGCCAGGGACCGGCCUCCGCAGCUCUGGGCGCGAGAGGCUACACUUUCCCUUCGCCCCCCGCCCUCGUUUCCUCCCGCGCGGCCGCAGCGGAGAUUUCCUCUCGGGGAAACCACGCGGACUCUUCCCGGGGCUCCUCGCCCCGCCCCAGUUCUCCGCCCCCUCCUCUUUGCUGGAGCCGGUGCUAGCCCGCGGCGGGGAGGAAGGUCUGGCAGCCUGGGCCAGGAGGUGGCAGGGGACCGCGGAGCCUCUGGCUAUCAACUCGCCCUGCCAUGUGACGCCGCCCUCCGCCCAGCGACCCCCCGCGCGCCCCGGGCCCGCGCCCGCGCUCUGUCGCGCCGCGCACCAUGCUCCUGCCGGGACACGCGCGCCCACCGCCAGCGCCCCAGCCAGCACAGCAUCCCGGCCUCCGCAGGCAGGCAGAGCCUCCCGGGCAGCUCCUGCGACUCUUCUACUGCACCGUCCUGGUUUGCUCCAAAGAGAUCGCAGCGCUCACGGACUUCUCCGGUAAGAAGCGACCUCCCUCGCUGUGCGCCCCCGGCGCCGCGGGGCGCCCAGGUUACCUAACCAAACUCCUGCAAAACCACACCGCCUAUGCCUGUGAUGGGGACCAUCUGGAUCUGCACUGCCCUCGGCAUUCGACGAUAAGUGUCCAAUCGGCAUUUUAUGGGCAAGAUUACCAAACAUGUAGCACGCAGCAACCUGCCUCUCAGAGAGAAGACAGCUUAACCUGUGUGGCGCCCACCACACUGCAGAAGGUGCUGGACGAAUGCCAGAACCAGCGGACCUGCCACCUCCUGGUCAAUAGCCGUGUUUUUGGACCUGACCUUUGUCCAGGAAGCAGUAAAUACCUCCUGGUCUCCUUUAAAUGCCAACCUAAUGAGUUAAAAAACAAAACUGUGUGUGAAGACCACGAGCUGAAACUGCACUGCCACGAGUCCAAGUUUCUCAACAUCUACUCAGCGACCUAUGGCAGGAAGACCCAGGAGAGGGACGUCUGCUCCUCGGAAGCCACGUGGCUCCCCCCCUUUGAUUGCUUGUCUUACUCGGCUUUGCAAGUAUUAUCCAGGAGGUGUUACGGGAAGCAGAGAUGCAAAAUCCUCGUCAACAAUCACCAUUUCGGAAGCCCCUGUCUUCCGGGAGUGAAGAAAUACCUCACCGUCACCUACGCAUGUGUUCCCAAGAAUAUACUCACAGCGAUCGAUCCAUCCGUUGCUAAUCUAAAACCUUCUGUGAAACAGAAAGACGGUGACUAUGGUAUAAACUUUGACCCAAGGAAACCAAGAGUUCUGAGGAAAGAUGGAGCUAUUGUCAGCCACUCCCUGGCAGCAUUUGCUUACCUUCGAGCCUCACUGCUCACCUCUGGAGAGACCGUAUUUUGGAAUGUCAACUCUGCAAGUUUCGACAAUGCCUGCCUGACUCUGUUCAGAGAGCCAGAACCUCAGAAGACUUUUGUAAAAUACAUGGUAAUACAAUGCAUGACGGCAUUACUUACUCAAGGCCUGCCAGAGCUGGGGCUGUUUGGAGUAAGCCUUCCUCAGAAGAAAAUAAAGGCUUAAGGAAACAUCUCAACACAGGAGAUAGAACAGUCUUGGGACCUCCUUACCAAUAUCCUCCCUGUGUGGGGGUUGUGUGGUUGUUGAGAAUCUUCUCUUUUCUAACCACCCUUCCAUUUCUGUUUCUUGCUGUUCCGGACAAUUGUCAUAGUUAAGAGAUGUAAGGAUUUUUAUUGUUGAAAAUAUCACAUAUUUUCAAAGUCCCCGGAGAGCCCCUUGGAGGAAAGACAUCAUGAAAAUCCUUCACUCAGAGGAGCAACUAGGAGGCUGCUUAUGUGAUGCGGCCAUUCUGGACCCUGUCAGUUCCUCUCAACAACUGUCUUGGUCAGCUCAGGCAACCAUAACAAGAUACCGUGGGCCCGGUGGCUUAAACAACAGAACUGUAUUUUCUUCCAGGCUGGAAGGCCAUGAUCAAGGAGCUGGCAGGCUUGGUUUCUGGUGAGGGCUCUCUUCACAGCUUGUAAACAACUGUCUUCCCCCUAUGUCUUCACACAGCAGGGAGGGAAAGAGAGAGAGAGAGAGAGCUCUAGGUGUCUCUCUUUUUUUUUUAAAUUGAAUUAUAGUUGAUUUACAAUGUUGUGAUAAU